GUGCCUCUUAUUCACGAUUUACGACACUAACACGGCAUGCACAGUUAUCUGUCAAUAUGGCCACAGAACGAGCGCUGGAGACGCGCGACGUCACAAAAAUCGCGGAUAAUUCGACGAAACCGGAGAGAAUUUUGUUGUUUAGCGGUAAGAGGAAAUCUGGAAAGGAUUAUAUCACCGAGAUCCUGUACAAAAGAAUUGGUUCGCAAAGGGGCACAAUUAUACGUUUAUCAGGACCUAUAAAAACAUACUGGGCGAAAUCUCUCGGUCUCGAUAUUGAUCAAUUACUGGGACAUGGGGAAUACAAAGAGAAGUAUCGGCUCGAAAUGGCCAAAUGGGGUGAGGAUAUGAGAAAGAAGGACUAUGGCUAUUUCUGCCAUGCUGCUAUCGACAUGUAUAAUGGAUGGGAGAAACCAGUGUGGAUAAUAAGCGAUGCCAGGAGGAAAACUGAUCUCAAAUGGUUCAGAGAAAAUUUUGGAGCUACAUGUAGAACUGUACGUAUAGUUUGCUCUGAGGAAGUUAGACGAAAACGUGGCUGGGUUUACACACCAGGUAUAGAUGACUCAGAAACAGAGUGCGACUUGGAUGAUGUGAGCAAUUGGGACAUUGUACUGGAGAAUAACGAUGAUAGCGACGUAGAAAUGAUACUACAACAAUUGUUAGGCCUUAUUAGUUAGCAAAAAUCUUUCUAUCAUGUUAAAUACAUAAUAAAUGAUGUUGCAAUGUUUCUA